AUGCUGAGGGAACGCGAGUUGCGGGACAUUGAGGCCGCUCUCGAGGACACCAAGCAACGAAUCGCCACCCACGAAAGCGAUCUACAAUUAAGACUCCUCUCACGACUAUUUUUUUAUCUCACUGAUGAGUACAUGAACAUGUACAUGUAGACUUCAAGCAUGAAUUUUUGCAGUGUUCUUUCUGCUUCAAAGCUUUUUAAUCUCACUAGAAGGCCAUCAACGAACAUCAUCCGAGAAGAAUGAAAAGUUGUAUGGGGGAGUGUCGCUAUCGCAGGAAGAGGGAAAAGCUCCCCCAUAUUUUUCAAGGAUUCAGCUGCAAGACAAAGAUGAACAGCGGAGAACUCUAAGACACCAACGCGAGCUACUCACUGAGCACAGCAGGAGGCGCCGCGUGGGUCUGCUGGUCUCUCAUGUUGCCGGUGGGGGCGGAGAAGGCAGAGAGACGACCAGAGAUUCUAGGUUCUCUGCGAGGGCAACGAGAAUGACCACGCAGAAUCAAAGAAGUGGCGCAGUUAAGGCUCUUAUUGGACGAGUUGUACAAUAACAAGUACUUCUUAGAAUAACAAAAACUACAGUGUAUUAUUUGUACUUCUUGUUCCAUUUUCUUUUUCACGAACAUCACGACGACUGUUCAAUUUUAUCUUAAAAAUGUGCUCGCGGCCUACCUCCUCUAAUGCAUAUGCGUCUUCAACGAAGCUCGAGGACCCUCGCUUGACACGUCGCACGACGCGAGCAGCACGCUCUAGGCGAACCUCUCGAUUUUUUGGUAGCAGCUUCCGUGGAUUCUCCUACGCAUUCGGUAGAGGUGGAGCAGAUGAUGACCUUCACGAGUACGAUGGUGAAGAUGAAGAUUUGUUCUCGGAUGAGUCGGACUAUGAGUCUGAGGCGAUCGCUCAAAUACUGCGCGAAGAAGACGCCGCUCUUUUAUGGCUCCUUCUAAUGAUCCUCCAUCUCUUCUCCUAGCAUUUGGUGAGUGUCCCUCAAGAACUGGUUGUAUAUUUAUUAUAGUAGUAUACAACUACAAAGGAAAAACCGCGGCCGCGCGCAGAGUACUCCUGUACAACAGAAAUGGAUUUUCGCUUUUAAUAUGGUGAUCUCUAACCCUUGGGGGAAGCAUGAGUAGCGAAAUGCUAGCAGUGUCGAGCUACGGCUACUGCUGGUUGUGCUUGACGCAUACUGUGCGAAGGUGGCUCUGCUGUUUGUGUUGUCCCUGUUGUAGUCGUAGAGAGAGAUCAGGAAGCCGCGACUCUUUUGCCAGCGAAGACGAAAGCUACCAGAUGAGAGGCAUGUUCAAUGAUUCCUCCUCUUACAGGAGCCACAGAAAUUUUAGGAAGGGACUUGUGCAGAGCCCGUCUAGUUUGGCCGCCUUUCGAAGCCGUGCUGCAUCACGACCGCGACGAAGAAACCCUUUCUCUUCCGACGGGGACACGACCGACACUGGCUUCCACAACAGCAGAAGCACUAGUAGAACAAGAACUGCGUCGAGUAAAAACCUAUCUAUGAGACCGACAUCUAGUAGAGCAACAGGCGGAUCUAGAAUUAAGGCUCGAUAGACAAUUCAUUAUUUCAUUUCUUUCUAGUACAAGUCAUAUUUAUUCUGGCCAUUAUUUGGCUCAAGUCAAAACAAUCACAAGUACGAUUUUUCACCUACUUACUAGUUUCUGUUUGAAAGUUGAAGUUCGCUCUGUUACCGCAAAUAGUGCAUGCUGUUACUUCAUCUUACACUUGCUGUUUCCCGCAUCCUCUUAGGAUUUGAGGAUUGGAGGAAACGCACGCAAGAAGAAGAAGUGAAUUUUUUUAGUGGAUUUUGUUGAGCUCUAAUAGGGGCACCCGGUCGAUAUCCUCUUCCUUCAGAGCGUCAAGCCAGAGGACAUUUUCAUCUCGCCGAGUGUCCUCCUCAACCAGACGGACGACCGCCGUAUUUGGUAGCUCCUCUAGUAGCGGCUUUCCUGUCCAACGCAGUCUCGAGGAUCCAGCCAAUGUUACGGCUACUUACCGCGGAAGCAUCCUCAGAGCCCUCAUCCUUGCUUUCUUUUCUACUUGAAAAAGAAGCCUCCAAGGAUGUGACUCUUAAGGAAGAUGCGAACUACGCGCUAGCUCUAACAAAGUCUUGAACUUGUUACAGCACAGACGACGAAAUCGCAUUCGUCUUUAUGGCGCAUCGAUCUGCAGAUGAGAAGAGCAAUUAUCCUCUUGCAUCUUCAAUACUACAAGAAACUAAAUUAUAUAUAGACAUAGAGGCUUUGCUCAAGGUCGUUUGCAUCAAAGAGGCUUUAGUCGUGUCUCAAAGAUUGGUAAAUCGUUUCAGGUAUAAGAGAGGCUUUUCAAGGGAAAGCAAAGGUCUUCUCAGGUUGCGUGCAUGAUCUUCAUGGGGAUUGCAUGUAAAAAAAAUUCAGGAUGAAAGUGGAUCUUGUCUGGAUGAUCUUCAGGAAGAUGGAAAUCAUGGAUCAGGGUGCCUGGAGGUUUAACAAACAAACACAGAUUGUAGUUGUACAACUGUAGAAGCUCCUACACAUUGACAUUUCCAGGAGGGGCUCAAUGUUCAGCAGGAUCCAUAACCUAACCUAACCAUUGUUGACAUUUUCCAGGACCUCGCCUUUUCUUCUAAGGUGUAUUUUGGCUUCGCGAAGUACCCAAGCGAGUGGAUUGGUGGAUUGUGCCGCUGCAACACGGUUUCUCUGAAGGGUUUUAUCGUGCGAUGACCGAAAUAAGUGGAAAUUUGCUGAUUACAGUCGUCUUCAUAGUUAUGUGAAUUUGGUCUUCUUUUGAGAAGGUACAAGUCGGCUGAAAAGGCCUGAAUACCAUUUGAUUGAAUGGGCUAAGAGGUAACACGACAUGACAUGAGCUUUUGAUUUUAUCCAUCUUUGUUCGCAACAGCCUCUUGGAUUAUGAGUAUCCACCUUUUGGAUGUUCAUAUAUAAUAUUAUAAGCAACCUCUUUGUUUCCAUAGAAGAAGGAUACAAUUGAACAAAUGGUGCCGAGAACUACUAGAUCAUGUUCCCAAAAUGGUUUCGUAGAUGCAUAGGUCCAAAGGCUCCUCGUCCUCUAACAUAGCCAACUUUUUGCACAAGUUGUCUUUGGGGACGUCGCGUCAGAAAGCGAACGGCAUUCUAGAAGGGUUCAUCUUUGGCAUCCGAGGCCUCGUCCUGGACAGUUUGGUGACUCCGACUGUCCGUCUAGUGGCAUGGACGCGGACGUCUUUGCACGAUUACUUAAGGCUUCAGCUUCCACAAACUGCACAAAGACAAAUUCAACAUAAUAUUUCUUUAUUCAACUUAGUACAACAGGUACAAUUUAUUUUAGCAUUGUUGAUAAGAUUAUCGGCGAAGCAGAGGGGAGGACACAUGACAUGCUUAUGAGCAUCUCAUUAACCAUCUUCUAGUUGGUGGCUUUCCGCUUUCAAGAGCACGAACAAUGAGCAAGUUGCCAAAGAUGAACAUAGGUUUAGGUGGCAGUACAUGUAAAGAUGGAUUUACUACAGAUAGUUAGAUGCGGAACAAGGUCAUGUCCUACUACUUCUAAACUAGGGACGAUCAGUCGCCUUGUUGUCGUUUACCUUUGCGCUGCUUCGGAUCCCUCUGGGUCCGGUAUUUGGCGUGCUGCAUCUCGUUGCCGCUGUCUGUGAAGGUCUUGCUAGCGCAUUGCUACAGGAAUUAUGGUCCGCCUCUAUUCAGCUCACUCAGCAUCUUGCCACCCUACUUUUCCCCUGUAUUCCUUCUGCGAAUCAUUUUUACAAGGAAGUAAUAGUAAAGCUAAAGGGGUCGAGAUGAGGGGACCGAAAUGAAGAUGAGAAAAGGCCGACUCUAAGGGACGAGGCCCAGUUUGCUCAGUUCGAGCCGCAACGCAGUGUCGAAGGAAUCAACUCUUCAGGCUUUGGCUACUUUCCACCACCGCAUCUCCAAGAAGACGAAGAUCGCAAGGAAAGUCGUGAAAAAGGCCGCAAGUGAAGUGGUCGUGAACCAGACGAAAAGAUGACGAAAUGAUGGCGGACGCAGUCAUGUUGAACUUGAAUGCAAGCCUCGUUAGGUAUAAUCAAUGACAAGGCCUGGCCAUAAUAUAUGGCAGUUGUAGUUGUAGAAGUACUUUGUAUAAUCUGUAUCUUCGUGGAAUGGAUAUAGGAGCGAGUCCUGUACCUUUUCAUUUGUCAUGAUUGUGAUUCUCUUGUUGUUGUUGUUGUUGUUACACCGAAAUUGUUUCCUUUUUUGUUUCAUCUGUAGUUGUGCUUGUCAUGUUUCGAUCCAUCUUGAAUGUAAUAUUUGUCUGUUGAUGCUGGAUGCAGGAUUUCUUGAUCAAUUGUACAUUUUUUUGGCCGCUUCUGUUCAUCUAGCUAUGUUGUAUGAUGAAUUCGCGGGGUCGAUAUGACGUCCUGAGAAAAAUCCAUGUCGUAUACUAGCACGUAGCACGUAUCUGUUCACAAGAAUGGGAAGGAAAAACUCUCAAAAUGGGUGGCAUUUCGGCAUCUCCAUUGUUAUACUAAUUGACCUCAAUGUCAUUCUCAGUAAGAUGUCAAACACCAUCUACAAUCAAACUUCCAACAACGUCAACAAGGCGUAUAAUUCUGUGUCGAUUUCUCAAGAGGAAGACAGCCUCACGACCACCUAAAUCUAUUUCACCUCAAUAUAUAUUAUUAAAGUACACAUCUUCACUGAUCUGUUAUAAUCAAAGGACGAGGUAGAGGUAGACGAGGUAGUCGUAAAGAUAAUCAAAAACAAAAGCUCAUCUGUCUGUUCCUGAAUACUUCCUCGUUGUACACCAAUAUUUUUGAAUACUUACAACUACAAUCUGCGGGAGCGGGAGGUAAUUUACAUCGAUCUAGGGGGGUGAGUGUGCUUUUGUAUUUCAUUAGUUUGAACUUGUGGAUGCUUCUUGGCUGUAAUACUGAUGAUGAUUUCGGGAGGAUCCAAAGACGGCCUUCUGAAUGAAUUUCAAUUAUGACCACUUCCACCAGCACUGGGUACUAUUUUCCCUUCGAUGAUGAAGAAGUAGAAGAAUGAAUGAAGAUAAAUAUCUCAUCUCGUUGCUGUGACCCAGCAAGCAUUCAGGUGAAGAGUUGGAAUGUGGCUUGAACAGGUUGAUCUGCUGACCAAGAAUAGUGAUCGUACGACUAUUGUCGAUCUGCAAGACGGAGACAGAGAGCAGGUUGUUCAUGAAGACGCGCAGUUGAUGUGGCCCGGGUCAUGAUCAAUAUACUCGUAAACUUGAAAUAAGCGAGUUGAGUAAAAAAUAAAAGAGGGGGCCCUUUUUUAGUUUUCGACUUUAAGGUAGAAGUCGACUACUUUUCCGUCUGUUUUAUGGUAGUGCCACUGCUUCGCAAACGGGUUCGAAGGCAGGACAUCAUCGCGGGCUUAGGUCGGACACCAGUGGAGCUGUCAGCGGAGCGCGUGGCCCCGAGUUUUGGCCCUGUGCGCGGAACAAGCCGAGAGAGCGACCUGCCCCACAGGGCCAAAGUUCCGGACUAGUGGCCCCGGGUUUUGGCCUUGUGGAAGAAGCCGCGGGGGCGAUCUGUUCCACAGGGCCAAAAUUCCGGGCCAGUGGUCCGGGGUUUUGGCCUAGUGGAACACUCGCCCCACAGAGCCAAAAUUCCGGACCCUGCGCGCCGGCGCGCAGCGGUUCGCGAGACUUCCUGGAAAGCAGGGGCGCGCCGAGGCGCGCCCCUGCUUUGGAAAGCCUCAGCGCAGCUGUAAGCCAGACAGCUACGAAAGGCCAUUCUCCUUAGACGUGUGCCCCUUUGUUCUAGGGGUUUGAGGGAUCUCGAAGUGGCAUCGGCGACCCCCCCUUCGAGAUCGCCUGCGCGGCGACGCGCAGAGCAUCUCCAGACGCUCAUCCGAUGCCAAACCAAUGGUUUGGUACAGGUGAACCAUCUCGAGAUGGCCUGCGCGUCGCCGCGCAGACGAUCUCGAAGGGGGGGUCGCCGAUGCCACUUCGAGAUCCCUCAAACCCCUAGAACGAAGGGGCUCACUUCUAAGGAGAAAAGAGCGCUCGUAGCUGUCUUGCUUCCAGCUGUUCUGGAGCUUUCCAAAGGAGGUGCGCGCCGAAGGCGCGCCCCCGCUCUCCAGGAGAUCUCGAGAUCCGCUGCGCGCCGGCGCGCAGCGGAUCUCGAGAUUCCCAGGCAGCUCCAGAUCCGCUGCGUGCCGGCGCGUAGCGGAUCUCGAGAUCUUCUUGGAGAGCGGGGGCGCGCCUCCGGCGCGCAGCCGCUGUUCCCUUGGCUUUUUAUCUAUCAUGUUCAUGUCAUGAAAUCUAAGUUACUUCUCUGAGCUCUUCUUUCUUUAUGGCCGUUCUUAUUCAUGAACGACAGACCGCUAUCGAAUUCAAGUCCCAUUUUAAGCUGAACAACUGGAACUGCGCGAAGAACUCCCCUGCUUGGAUGGUCGCGCAUCUAAUUGCUUCAGACUGAAAGUAAGGGCGUAGUCGGGCGUCCCCACUAGAAGUUGACCCUUUGAAGUGAACUGUUUAAGGGCUUUCUUUUUUAUUAUUUCGUCUGCUCGCUUAUUUCAGUUUUUCGAGUAAAUAUGUCAUUAGAAGACGUAGACGAACGGAAUCCAAACUAUCUUUAUCCCCACCGUAACCCCAGCCGCAACCCCAAGGAUUGACACACCUCUACGUACUUACCCUCUUCAUCACGACCACAAGAAUUUCCUCACGUGCACAUCAGGCUCAAAUAUAGGUUUUUAUAUGAGCAGUGGGGAGUACUACAAGC